ACUACCAAGAAGUGCUGAGAUAAUCACAGUAGAUGAAAAUAGGUCCUGUAAAAAGUCAUCAUUGGAAUUAUGAGAUAGUAAUCCGGAUCAAUACGAGCAUUUGAAAUUAAUUCUGCAUUUUCUUAGACUUAUAAUUGUUAUUCUAAUAGCCUUCUGUCUCAUUUUAGGAGUCUAUGAACUCCGAAUUUAUGAUGGCGCCAGUCGAGGUACAAAACUUACAAUGGGUGUUGAGCUACAGAGACGUUUUGAGACGAUGAAAAACUGCUUCGGACAACUGGAGACCGAUAUCGAAUGGAUCGAAUAUCAAUCGGCUCGAAACGGUUUCUAUACGACCGCUGACCUGCCGGCUGUAAAACCGUUAAAGGAUCUGACCGGAACCCUCCAUCUGCUGUGCACGGGUAAUCGAAUGCAUUCACUUGACUUUCGCAUCCACAUCACUCAUCGGAAUCAUCAUUCCCCGACGUUCACCAAGUCCGAGUACCGAUUCUACGUGCCGAUGACGCUCUCUGUUGGAGCUAAAAUUGGGAACAUGGAGGUCCACGACAACGAUCCCGUCAUCUACAACUCGGAGCGUAGCUUGAGCUUCACUCAGGAGCAACCGCUACUUGCAGUACUUGCCGACGGCGCGCUAAUACUCAAAGAAGAGCUUUCAACACAAGCUCCCUUCAAACCGAUUCGAAUGGGGGUGUUUGCAAUCGAUUACGGUAGCCCGCAACUGUUCAGCCUUGCCAAUCUCACGAUCGUUCCGGUGACUGUGUCACAGGUGCAAGGACUUAGAGUGAAUGUUGCGACGGAAGACUAUCAGGUUUUCGAAUGGGGAGCUCCUUACUACGGUCAGCCGUUGAAAUAUCGCCUAACAAUAGCGAGGGGUGAAGCUAUGCACUAUGAGAAAGAGUUGGACGGCAGAACUAACAUCGCCUUAACGAAGGUCGCAAUUUCUCCUUCUGGUAAUUUCACGUUCAAAGUUGCUGCUGUGGACGCAAACGGUGAAACUCCCAGCGAAUGGCAGCGUCUCACAUGUGAUGGAGAAUGCGGUUCUGGUGGCAUUCCACUUUGCUUCUACGGUGCGUUCAACCGUCUCGAGCAAUUUGUGGACUUCCGUGGUGCACACUGCCAAUGCUUCCACGGUUUCGUUGGUGUUGGAUGUGAAAAGACGGACCACUGCCCAACUGAAAAGACCAUUGACACCUAUGGUGGAUUGGACUGGCGAGAAGUAUCCGCUAACGCCACCGUACAAGUGCCAUGUGAGGCUAAUAUAUGGAUUGCUUAA